AUGGUGCCUAAACUCGAGUACACUAUUAAAUACAGUGAUAACAUCGAAGAUGUUUGUAGAUUUAUCGACAAGUCAAUGGAACUUAACAAGGAACCUGUUUUAGAAACCUUCCGUAUCCAUCUCGAUAAUCGAGAGCUUGAUACCAGCAUGUGGAUUAAAAAAUCAGUUGAUCGCCAUGUGCGCGUACUGGAGCUCAAUCUACUUAGCUCUAAAAGGCUUACCAAGUUGCCUCAGAGUCUUUACACCUGCAGAACACUUGUGGAAUUGACUCUCUCUAACCGUAUUUUAGUGGAUGUUCCUUCCUCGGCUUAUCUCCCAUCUCUCAAAAAGCUGUUAGUUGUUUCGGUGAGGUUCAGAAACCAAGAUUCUGUUUUUAGGCUUCUAUCGAGUUGCUCCAAUCUUGCUCCAUCGACCAUUCCCCUCAGCAUGGGUAAUAACUUGAAAGACACGUUUUCGACCAAGAAAGUGCAACUUCCUUGUAUGCGCGUACUGGAGCUCAAGUUACAUAAAUCCAAAACUCUUAGCAAGCUGCCUGAGAGUCUUUACACUUGCGAAACGCUUGUGGAAUUGACUCUCGCUAACGAUAUUCUUGUGGAUGUUCCUUCCUCAGCUUAUCUCCCGUCUCUCAAAAAGCUGUUGCUCGUUUUGGUCGAGUACAAAGAUGAAGAUUCUCUUGUUAGGCUUUUAUCUAGUUGCUCUGAUCUUGCUCGGUCAACCAUUCGCCUCAGCAUCGCUGAUAACUGGAAAGACUCUUUCUCGAUCAAAAAAUUUUCAGUCAUUGCAGGAUGUGAAUUUCAGUGGCAUUAUUUUCCCUCAGCUUCAACGUUUCAAGAUGCGUACAACUUCUAA